AUGUCUGAAAAAUCGCGUAAACCUGGAGUGGAUUUUUCUAUUGAGGAGAAGGAAAGAUCAUUGUCUAUUAAUUAUCGCACUUUAUCCAUUCAGACUUCGGAUAGUAUCCAAGCUCGAAAAUACCAAAUAAAGAAAGAAAAAAAGGUGGCCACCAUUUCUCCAGAUGAUGAUAUCGCACAACUUAAUUAUCACACCCUUCCGGUCAAUUUGAUCUGGGAACGGUUCGAAUGCAAUAAAAACCUGGGUCUAAACUCUCAAACGGCCGCUCACCAUCUUCAACGCAAUGGUAAAAAUGUAAUCUCACCGCCUAAAAACAAUAUAAUUUAUAAAAUCCUCGGCUAUUUUCUCGGUGGAUUCUGUAGUUUGAUUUGGUUUGCGGCCAUUAUCAUGAUCUUGUUGUAUAAACCAUUAGGCGAGCCAAACCCAUCUCUAAUAAACCUUGCUUUGGGAAUCGUUCUAAUAAUCGCUGUAGUGAUUCUGACUGUAUUUGCUGUGUAUCAGGAUUGGUCAACAUCAAGGGUGAUGAAGUCAAUUAAAAAUAUUCUGCAUUCUGAAACGCUUGUUAUUCGUGAUGGUCAAGUCCAAAAAAUACCUGCAACUGAUCUAGUCGUCGGAGACCUUGUUCAAAUAAACAUGGGUAGCAAGGUUCCGUCGGAUUUGCGUCUAGUGGAAGUGACAAGUGAUAUGAAAUUCGAUCGAUCAAUAUUGACUGGAGAGAAUGCACCAGUUACCGCCACUAUUUAUGAUCAAAAUAUUAAAGAUUUUAUUACUACAUAA